CCCCUAUCCCUUCGCUGUUUACAGUAGGGUCUUUUGAAGUCGUUCGGUUUUAACUCCAGCGGAUUGAAAUCACUCGAGCGUUAACUAAUCACCAGAAUGAAAAUCGAAAAAGAAACAAAGAAUGCCGUUGUUGUCAGCUUCGGGUUUUUACUGCUAUUUACUGCUUAUGGAGGACUUCAAACGGUCCAGAGCAGUCUGAAUAGUGAUCAAGGCUUAGGCCUGGCCUCAUUAAGUGUCAUCUAUGCAGCUCUUAUCAUCUCUUCAAUGUUUCUUCCACCUAUAAUGAUAAAGUAUUUUGGCUGUAAGUGGACCAUAGUUAUGUCCAUGUGCUGCUACGUUACAUUUUCAAUUGGCAAUUUUCAUCCUAGCUGGUACACACUUAUUCCUACUGCAGUAAUCCUUGGACUAGGAGGAGCUCCACUUUGGUCUGCUAAAUGUGCCUACCUGACCAUUUGUGGCAACCGAUAUGCAAAGAAGUUCAAUAAACUUGCAGAAAAUGUAGUAAAUCACUACUUUGGAAUUUUCUUCCUUAUAUUUCAGUCAUCUGCUGUUUGGGGGAAUCUAAUGUCUUCAUUAAUAUUCCAAUAUACUUCCAGUGAAGCUAACAUCACUGAAAAGCAUUUGUCACUUUGUGGAGCUGCUAACUGCCCAGCAUAUGAUUCAAUGCUCAAUGCAAAUGUAACACAAACAAGCUAUCCAGCUUCCACAAUUUACCUCCUCUCAGGAGUUUAUACUGGUGUUGGUUUAAGUGGAGUGAUCUUCAUUGUUAUUUUUCUGGAUCAGCUCGAUAAGCAAGAUGUGAAUGAGUUUAAAAAUCAGAAGAUACAUGUGUGUACUCAUUUGGUGGCAACAUUUACACAUCUAAAGGAUAAACGGCAGAUUCUGCUCAUUGUCUUGACAAUCUAUAGUGGGUUUGAACAGGGUUUCCUUGCAGGUGAUUAUACAAAGGCCUACAUCACCUGUGCUCUUGGAAUACAAUAUGUUGGUUACUGCAUGAUCUGCUUUGGUGCCUCUAACUCUGUCUUUUCUUUGACUUUUGGAAAAAUAUCAAAAUAUACUGGACGUAUUCCACUAUUCUCCUAUGCAACCCUCAUCAACUUGGCAUCAAUAAUUUCAUUGUUAUUAUGGAAACCACAUCCAAAUCAACUACCAGUGUUUUUUGUGUUUCCUAUUCUUUGGGGAAUGGCUGAUGCUAUUUGGCAGACACAGACUAAUGCCCUCUAUGGAGUUCUAUUUCUGGAGCACAAAGAAGCAGCAUUUUCCAACUACCGGUUGUGGGAAUCUGUGGGAUUUGUUAUAGCAUUUGCUUAUGCAAACUUUUUGUGCAUAAAGGCCAAGUUGAUUAUCUUGUUGGUAGUCCUGUUAAUAGGCAUGACUUUAUAUGGAGUUGUGGAAUACAUUGAAUACUCAAAAGCAGGGCAUGGAGCUGCUUCACAAGUAUUUCCUCAAAAGAUUAAAAUCAAAAAGGUGCUGGAACUGGAAAGCAAAGAGGAAUCUAAAAUUAAGAAUGAAAAAUCUGUUGGUGAAAGUGACACUGAAAUACAUGAUAGAAUUUUUGAGGCAAAGUUAUGAUAGCAGAAUUUUUAUUGAUUUUUACAGAUGUUUCAGCUAAUGACUGAAUAUCAGUAUUUUUUCAAAAAAUCAAUCUUAUAAUUUUAAUUGUAUUGCUUUUAUAAUUUACAUAAUUGAAAAUAUUUUUUAAAUAAAACUAUUUUAUUGGCUUUAAAUUAUUCAGAUUGAUUUUUGUACUAUUCAGUCUUUAACUGAAUCAAAUAAUUCAACUGUAACAGUCAUGUUGCUGUGCUUAAAAAAUGCAAGCAGAUCACAAGAUGACAGAGAAAAUGGGCAGAUUAUGGUUCUUAGAUUUGAUCUAUCUAUGGGAUCUCUUGUCUGGCUGGUUGCAGAUAUAAAUGUGUUAAUGAGACUUCUAAAUUGCAGAACAAGGAUUUUCCAGCAGUUUACAGUCUAAAUAUUUUGAAGUCCAACAUCCAAUUAGUUUGAUGAAGGAUUCAUUGAUCCACACAAUCAUUAAAACUAUUUCACAGCUUUAUGGAUAUCCUAUGUUGCACUAGUAGUACUGGAGCUUACCUAAAUAAAUUACUACCAUGCAACGUUAUUGAGGCCUGAAACAUCUCUUGAUUCCUUUUGAUUAACUGGUAACAUCAAUGUUUCUGUACUAAAAGCAUACUCAUAGGCAAGAGGUCUAAUCAAUGUUUGUGUUUAAAAUGAAACAGUAAAUUUGUUGACAACAUAUGACAAGUACUCAAAUCAAAAGAUCAUUCACAAGGUAGAUCCUUCACUUUUUUUUAGAUCCUUACAGAUUUUAUUUUGUACAUUGCUCAGUAAUAAUUAGCUGGAGAAGGGAGAGAGCCAAAAGCAUAAUUAAAUGGUCAAGGUCAUUUUUUCACAAUAGACUGCAAAUGCUGGAAUCUGGAGCAAAAACAAACAUCUUCACCAUGGGUGUCCAGUCCCUAUAUAUCUUCCAGUCCGGAUGCAGGGUCUCGACCUGAAACUUUGACCAUCCCUCUGCCUCCACAGAUGCUGCCUGACCCACUGAGUUCCUCCAGCAAUUUGCUUUUUGUUCCAGUUUUUAAAGAAGAUUUUUUUGUAGCCAUAUGUGCUUUAGAUAAGCUACGUGAUGUGACCGAAAACCAAAUGAAAACUCCAUAACUACUCAUAGUGCAGAGGGUGCAAUGGAGUUGGAAAAGGAUGGGGAUGGCACAAUGACACAGUUAAUAGAGCUGCUGCCUCACAGUUCCAGCAACCCAGGUUGAAUCCUGAGCUCUGUGUGGAGUUUGCAUUUCUUACUGUGACUGAAUGGGUUUCAUCUGAAAGGACAACUCAGAGCUUCUGUAAACAUUAGAGACUAAAGUAGGAGCUGUUCUCAGUCCUGAAUUCCAUCUCUAACUCACAUAGCUUCUAAGUUUUUGUAAAUAUGUAUAUUAUGACCGCAGGUAACAAUAUUCUCAAUAAAUACAAUUUUAAAAUUUG